AUGGAGUUCUACCUCCACGAAAAACCCAUUUGGUUGACCAUGAUUAAGUCACCCUUUUACAGCUUUAACAAGAACUCGUUGCUGGUGCAGUGCUUCAAGGGGGCGUGUGUCUACUACCUUCCGCAGAACUUGGCCGUUAUAGGGGCCUUUCUGUAUUACCAGUACAGGGCGAGCCAACACAUGGGAGGCAAGCGUGUGCCCCUGAGCAACUGCGACGAAUCGAUAGACAACUUUUUGGCGGCAAAAAAGUUAAAGCGCGAUGAGGUAAAAGUGGAGCGGCGGAAAAAUGUGUGCCACGUGUCCCUGACGUGA